AUGGCUUCAACUUCAAGCACCUUUAUUGUUGGGAGAGGUGCCGGUUCGAAGCCAAAGUCUACGAAGCUGCUGGAGGUUCUGAAUGCACUGGAGGAGGAGGAGUCCAGCCACAGCAGGGAGGAGAUCUUCAUUGCGCCACCCGACAAUGCCUCAGGGGACUUCACCGAUGAGGACUCAGGUGAUGAAGAUGGCCGGCAAGGCUCCCACCUGCCCGGCAGUGUCCUUCACGCCUCUGUGGUGCCCGAGGACUCUGGCACCGAGGAGGAAGAGGAAGAUGAGCUGCAGCUGCAGCCGGCCAUGAAGAGGCAGAAGGCAGUAACGGAACCUCAGCGUAUUUGGACCAAAAGAGAUAUCCGACCCAACUUUAGCAGUUGGACUGCAUCAGAUCCUCAUAUAGAGGAUCUCAAAAGCCAGGAACUGAGUCCUGUAGGCCUCUUCGAGCUGUUUUUUGAUGGAGGAACAAUUAAUUUCAUAGUUAAUGAAACCAAUCGUUACGCCUGGCAGAAAAAUGUCAACCUCGGGCUCACAGCCCAGGAAUUAAAGUGUGUUUUGGGCAUUUUGAUUUUAAGUGGGUAUAUAUCCUAUCCAAGGAGAAGGAUGUUUUGGGAAACAUCCCCUGAUUCACAUCACCAUCUUGUGGCUGAUGCAAUUAGAAGGGACAGAUUUGAACUGAUCUUCUCGUACCUGCAUUUCGCAGAUAACACAGAGCUGGAUGAAAGUGAUAGGUUUGCCAAAGUGAGGCCUCUCAUUGUCCGGAUGAAUUGCAAUUUCCAGAAGCACGCACCCUUGGAAGAGUUCUACAGCUUCGGUGAGUCCAUGUGUGAGUACUUUGGGCACCGGGGAUCCAAGCAGCUGCGUGCAGGGAAGCCCAUGCGGCUGGGCUACAAGAUCUGGUGUGGGACAACCAGCAGGGGCUACCUGGUGUGGUUUGAGCCCUCCCAGGGCACGCUGUUCACCAAAUCACAUGGGGGCCUGGACCUAGGAGGCAGUAUGGUAGUCAAGUUUGUGGAUGCGCUUCAGGAGCGUGGCUGUCUGCCAUACCACAUAUUCUUUGACAAGGUUUUUACGAGUGUCAAACUCAUGUCCAUUUUGAGGAAAAAGGGGGUGAAGGCCACAGGAACUGUUCGUGAGUACAGGACUGAGCGAUGUCCCCUCAAAGAUCCCAAAGAGCUUAAGAAAAUGAAGAGGGGCUCAUUUGACUAUAAAGUGGAUGAGAGUGAGGAGGUUAUUGUGUGCCGCUGGUAUGACGGCAGUGCGGUCACCAUCUGCUCCAAUGCUGUGGGCAUAGAGCCAGUGGGGCUGGCCAGCCAUCAUUCUGGAACCACCAAGACGCGGGCCCAGGUCCAUCAGCCAUCCCUGGUGAAGCUGUACCAGGAGAAGGGGGGCGGUGUCCGUCGGAUGGACCAGAACAUGGCUAAGUACAAGGUGAAGAUCCGGGGCAUGAAGUGGUACUCCAGCUUCAUUGGCUACGUCGUCGAUGCCGCCCUCAAUAAUGCCUGGCAGCUGCACAGGACCUGCAGCCACGAUGCCCAGGUGGACCUCCUGGCCUUCCGGAGGUAUGUGGCCUGUGUGUACCUGGAGAGCAACGCUGACGUGUCCUCCCAAGGGAGGCGAAGCAGGCGGCUAGAAACUGAGAGCCGCUUUGAUAUGAUCGGGCACUGGAUAGUCCACCAGGACAAGAGGACCCGGUGUGCCCUCUGCCACUCACAGACCAACACCCGCUGUGAGAAAUGUCAGAAGGGCGUCCAUGCCAAGUGUUUCAGGGAGUACCAUAUCCGGUGAUGCACAGAUACUUGGUUUCUGAGAUGUUAACAGCUAAUUACAUACAGUACGUGGAAGACUUGGUUUUGUAUCGGGAAAAAGAGACCUGAAUCCCUAAUGAUUUGCUUUUGUAUUUCCCCCCCCAUCUCCAUUACAGUUAUCUUUUUGUUGUCUUCUGUGAUGCCUGCAUGUAAUAUAAAUUAAUAUUUAUAUUGG